CAGUCAGUAUCCUGCUAGCGUUUAAGAACCACUGUGCUACGGUUUUCCGCGACCAGACUUAUGCAUCAACUAAACAUUGUUUCUAUCUAGAGGAAAGGAGCGAUACAUUUAAAAGACAGGCGUGUCUGGCAGAAGGCGCCCUACUAUAAUGGGGCCACCAAAAUGGCUCGUGGUGGCCAUCCUAGCAGCGAUUAUUGGCUCAUCAUUGUCUGAUUUAUCAGAAAAAAGAAUAAGGAAACGUAAUACAGGUUACGAUUACCCGGUUCCAUCGGUGCCUUUCCCUCCACCACCCCAGUAUCAACCACCACCACCUCCACCACCUCCUCCACCACCACCCCCUCCACCGCCUCCCCCUCCCCCUCCACCGCCUCCCCCUCCCCCACCUCCUCCCCCUCCGCCACCUCCUCCUCCACCACCACCUCCUCCACCUCCACCUCCUCCACCACCACCUCCUCCACCUCCCCCACCUCCUCCCCCACCCCCACCCCCUCCACCAGAUCGUACAUAUCUACCUCCACCAUCGCAAACACAACAAUAUCAGCCUCCUCCACAGCAACAACAAUAUCAGCCUCCUCCACAACAACAACAAUAUCAGCCUCCUCCACAACAACAACAACAAUAUCAGCCUCCUCCACAACAACAACAAUAUCAGCCUCCUCCACAACAACAACAAUAUCAGCCUCCUCCUCCUCCACCCCCACCUCCUCCUCCUCCCCCACCCCCUCCACCACCACCACCGCCUCCCCCUCCACAGCAAGACGUACCUAACCGUGAGUACCUACCUCCUGGGGGACCUCAGUACUCACCCCCAGCUCCAUCUCCACAGCGUGAGUACCUACCUCCCAGCAGAGCGCGAGCUGUGUCAUCAUUCCGUUUGUUCCGAAGAUUUUAGCCUCGGAGAAGCACUCUUCUGUGGUACGAACACACCAAGCUCGUUAAAAAAGAUUAUGUUCUUAAUUAUUUGCGCCAAAGACAAUCGAUUACGGCACCAGACAAUCAAUUUCAACUCAGUUUCAGGCGAUGUGAAAUAGAAACUGAGAGUCAUAUUGCUUUGAACCAAUGUCAAUUUGGGGAAAAUUAACCAUUCCAAACACAGUGUUGUUUUAAGCAUGUCACGAACUUCAUAUCACACCAUGAUAUCCGAAUAUUGUGUUAGCAACAAGAGUUCAUUAAAUACUUUGCUGACUUUACUGAAAAAAUAUAUACAUAUAUGACUGAUUAAUGUAUGCAUGUAACUUAUUUUUGACACUAUAUGAUAUAUGUAAAAACACUAUUUUGUGAUUGUUUGAAGCGUAAUAAAUUGUAUUCUGAAAAUA